AUGGUGCGGCAUCGCCCAAAGUCUCAUAUCACCUGGUGGAUGCGAGUGCGUCGAUUCUUCUACGAUCUUGAGUCACCCCUUCGACUACGAACCAGCCUUGUCCGUCUUGGCCAUCGACACAAGUACCCCGUCCUCGCCCUGCUUCGCCUCUUCUGGCCAUUUCCAACAUGGCACUUCCGCGUUCCCGACCAGGUGCCUCUGAAGACCAUGGUGAACAACAUCCCGCUCCUAGAUUCCCGCGCAGCCACAACAGACCUGGCCAACAUGAGUUCCGUCCCUAUAUGGCGCGCUCGAGACACCCCACUUCGAGCUUUAUAUCGGAUAUACGAAGCAAUGGUGGCACGUGAGCCCUAUGCGAUCGGCCCACAGGUGGAAUACUUCUUCUACCAGAAUGAGAGGUCGUGGAAAGUCAGCCAGAUCCCAGACCCGUGCGAUUGCGACCCGGUGCGGUACGCCAUUCUAGCCUGUGUCGCCGAGGAACUGGCGAGGGCUUUCAACUGGCGCAUGAGUGUGGGGAUGCGAAGAGACAAGCGGAAGCAUAUAUAUCGCAAGACCUUUGAGGAUCUGCUUCCACCAUUCGUGGCAGAAACCGCACCCCGUUGGACCCGCGCCGUGCCCGCAUUCGACCCCGAGUGUAUUACAGAUCUGCCGGGAGAAUUGGUAGAUGCACAAGGAAGACUUGUACUCGAAGAAGGUGGGGAAAACCCUUCAUUUGCAGAGAGGAAUAUCGUGACCAACACGGGUCACUUUUACACGGUGUGA